AUGGCUUUCCUCGGUAGCUACAUUUUUGUCGUUGAAACUACUCCCAGUCUCCUACUCUAUCCCGCUCUCACUCGCCUUAGAACAUGGCGUCUCUUCCGACACAUUCCCGGACCACCUGUAGCAAGAUGGGCGAAGUUCUGGCUCAGCCGACAUGCCCUACCGGGGACCCUAUGCCGGACCCUCCAGGAGGUCUGCAACAAAUAUGCUGCCGGGCUGGAUCCGACGGUCGACAACCUGCUCACCAUCAUAUCUAACAAGGGGCACCAGCGGCUUGCGCAUGCACGUCUCGCCGGGGGAAUUAUUGUCGACACCCAGAUCGGCAAAUACAUCUCCCUGAUCGAGCGCAAGUACCUGUCUACGGCGAAGAUGACGCGCCUUUGUGACCUGUCUAGGAUUAUGCAGUAUCUCACCCAGGGCGUCAUCACCGUCCUCGGAUUCGGCAAGGCCGUGGGGCAUCUCGACGUUGACGGGGACGUAAUUGGGUUCCUUGGUGCAGCGGACUCUAUGCUCCUUCCGGGGCAUAUUGUCACGCUGCUGCCAUUCUUGAGAAAGUUGAUCGAGAUGCCGCUGGUGAGACCGCUUCUCCCCAAGCCGGACGAUGGGAGUCCUGUGGGUAAGCUUCUGGGUUUCAUCAGAGCGCAGGUGGAUGUGCAGUACGGCGUUAACAAGACACGGAACGAGGACGCACUCCAAGCCUUCGUAGACUCCGGUCUCGACCGUACGCAGGUCGAGGCCGAAGCGCUCGUCUUGCUAUUCGGUGGGACAGACACGACGGCCACGGCAUUGCGUAACACUACAUUUUAA